GUCCUUCCUUCUACUUGCAGACGGCUUAAUUACUCAGGCAAGGAAACAGAGGCCAGGGGCCUCUCUCCUGGCUUCCCUCUACAUAUUACGGAGUCUGCCGGUUAGGAGGGCCUCGGGUCCUGCAGUCGUGGGUGGCCUAGAGCCAAAGGAGGGAGGAGCCCAUCGGGGCGGGAUUGGCCCUAGGGCCACCUCAUAAAGCCUGGGGCGAGGGGCGCGGCGUGUUCUGAAGAGCCUUGGAGGGGCCGUUUGGUCCGACAGACCCCGUAGGCUCAGUCGGGGCUCUGCGGUGUCAUGCCCGGGAGCCCCCGGACCGCGCCAAGCUGGGCGCUGUUGCUGCGGCUGCUGGCAUUGCUGCGGCCCCCGGGGCUGGGCGAGGCGUGCAGCUGCGCCCCCGCGCACCCCCAGCAGCACGUCUGCCACUCGGCAGUUGUGAUUCGGGCCAAAAUCUCCAGUGAGAAGGUAGUUCCUGCCAGUGCAGACCCUGCUGACACUCAAAAAAUGCUCCGGUAUGAAAUCAAACAGAUAAAGAUGUUCAAAGGGUUUGAGAAAGUCAAGGAUGUUCAGUACAUCUAUACACCUUUUGACUCUUCUCUCUGUGGUGUGAAACUAGAAGCCAACAGCCAGAAGCAGUAUCUCUUGACUGGUCAGGUCCUCAGUGAUGGAAAAGUCUUCAUCCAUCUGUGCAACUACAUCGAGCCCUGGGAGGACUUGUCCUUGGUGCAGAGAGAAAGUCUGAAUCAUCACUACCAUCUGAACUGUGGCUGCCAAAUCACUACCUGCUAUACGGUGCCCUGUAUCAUCUCGGCCCCCAAUGAGUGCCUCUGGACAGACUGGCUGUUGGAACAAAAGCUCUAUGGGUAUCAGGCCCAGCAUUACGUCUGUAUGAAGCUUGUUGAUGGCACCUGCAGGUGGUACCAAGGCUACCCGCCCCUCAAGAAGGAGUUUGUUGACAUCAUCCAGCCCUAGUAGGGACCAAUGACCACCACAUCCCUUCAAGAGUCCUGAAGUUCAAGCUAAUCUUCAUCCCCUGUGGAGCUCUGGCCAUCACUGCCUGCCUCAAUGCUGCCAGCCAAUGAGAAGUGCCAAGUGUCUGAUCAGCAUCAGGGCAGAGAUGGGACAUGUUACAGCUUGUGGCCAAGAUCCCAGGUCAGACCUGUUAAAGGAUAGGGAAGAUAGCUUGACUUUUCUGUCCUUCCCUCAGUCCUUCUCCCCUGCUUCCCAAACCCCAUUAGCCUAGCCUUGUACCUGUUACUGAAAGCAUUUAUUCUGGCUUAGUUUGUUUUCCAAAGCCAGGAAAAAUGUGUUUUCCUUUGCCUUAACUGAUAUGAUAGGGGAGAAAUUGUGAAUGUUACAUAUAUGAGAUGAUGUAUCUUUGUGAUGUACAAUACCAGAAGGUAGGCUGACAGUGUCAUUAACAGGCUGAUUGGCAGGAAUGAAAAGAACAACAUACUAUGGCUGUGUAUCCUCUACUCCUCCUGUCUCAACUCAUCCUAAUCCUUAGAUACACUUUCAUCUGUUUAGGGGAGAGACAGGAAUCACUCAAUGUGAGAGCUAGAAUGGCCCAAUCUCCCUCCCCAUGCUCUAAUCCCCUCUAUACCAUUCCUGGCAGAGGGUCUGGCCCAGUAGCGCACCUCUUUGAACAAGAAUACACUUAUUGUCUAAGAAUAAGUUCUGUCUCUUCAGGCCAACUAUUCCUAAUGCCUUCAAGGUUUUGCUUCUGCCUCUUUUAGAUUACGAAUGAACUUUGAACCCCAAAGAGUCCCUGCACCCUUCAGCUCAGUCCCCUCACCACUGUGUCUUGUGCUCCCUGAAAUCUCCAACCACAAGCCCCUUUGUGGUCCUCACCCUCUGCAGGGCUUCCUGGCUCUCCUUGAAAGGGAAAGUCCUG